AUGCUAUCCCGAGCACUGAGGACUUCCCGGCCUGCGGGUCUACGCAGCAAUGCCUUCUCGAGGGUUGCGCUGAGCAAGAGAACUGUCACGACGGAUGCUGCGAGCGCGCAUGCAGAUAAGGAUGCUGUUCCUCAGGAAGAUGAUAAGCCUUUCCAGGUCCAAUUAUCUGAUGAGUCUUUCGAGACGUAUGAGCUGGACCCCCCAGCGUAUACGCUUGAUACUACCAAGAAGGAGUUGAAGCAGAUGUAUCGCGAUAUGGUUUCUGUUCGACGCAUGGAAAUGGCCGCCGACAGACUCUACAAAGAGAAGAAAAUCCGCGGUUUCUGCCAUCUCUCAACUGGUCAAGAAGCUGUCGCCAUUGGCAUUGAACACUCCCUCACAAAAGAAGACGAUAUCAUCACCGCCUACCGUUGUCACGGCUUCGCAUAUAUGCGUGGCGGCUCUGUCAAAUCCAUCAUCGGCGAACUGCUCGGACGCCGUCACGGUAUUGCGUACGGCAAGGGAGGCUCUAUGCACAUGUUUGCUAAGGGUUUCUAUGGUGGAAACGGUAUAGUGGGCGCUCAGGUCCCGGUUGGUGCCGGUCUGGCGUUUGCGCAUCAGUAUAAUGGAAAUAAGAAUACGACUGUUGCGUUGUAUGGUGAUGGUGCCAGUAAUCAGGGACAGGUGUUCGAGGCGUUUAAUAUGGCCAAGUUGUGGAAGUUGCCGAUUCUGUUUGGGUGCGAGAACAACAAGUACGGUAUGGGAACAGCAGCCAACCGCUCCUCGGCCUCAACCGAAUACUAUAAGCGCGGCCAAUACAUACCCGGCCUAAAAGUAAACGGCAUGGAUGUUCUUGCUGUUAAAGCUGCCGUCGCUUACGGCAAAGCCUACACAGCCGCUGGCCACGGUCCCAUGGUUAUUGAAUACGUAACCUACCGCUACGGAGGACACUCCAUGUCGGACCCCGGCACCACAUACCGUACCCGUGAGGAAAUCCAACGCAUGCGCUCCACCCAAGACCCCAUCGCUGGCCUCAAGCAUAAACUCAUCGAGUGGAACGUCACGACUGAAGAAGAGCUCAAGAAUAUCGAUAAGGAGGCUCGCGCGGCGGUUGACGCUGAGGUCAAGGAGGCCGAGGAGAUGCUUCCUCCCGAUGCGACGCCGCAGAUUCUGUUUGAGGAUAUUUACGUGCGGGGCAGUGAGCCGCAGUUUAUGAGGGGUCGGGUGGUUGAGGAGAAUUAUUACUACUAA